UCAUUAGAAACAAGAUCAUCAUCUGAUCCGGUUAGUUUGGCCCUGGAGUCCUAAAGGCUGCUGGGGCUGUGUGCCCCCCCCACUGGAGUGAGCCCCCAUGGCCCACAUGGAUGCCAAGGCAGCUGACGAGGGCAGCGGUGGGUCCCAGAAGCUCCUGGAGGAGGUCAAGGCUCUUGUGGAGACCCUGAACAAGGUGGUCGCAUGCUACCACCAGCUGUCCUCCUGCGUGGGUGGCAGCACGGACAGUGUCCAGCUGCGGCACGAGCUGCGCCAGACCCGGGAGCGGGCGCAGCAGCUGGCUUUGGAUAGCCAACGGCUCCUGACGGCACGGCUGCGCGACAGAUCCCUGGCCCCGCCCACACGGCUGGAGGCGGAGCUACUGUGGGUGUCCUUCUCCUCCAGCCUGGAGCUGUUCCACGCAGAUAUGUGCAAGGUCUUCAGCGUGGGACAGAACUUCCCUCUGUCUUCCAAAACUGGCGUUCUGGUACAGACCGGCAUGCAAGGGGAGACGGCCAGGGUAACCGCCCGGGCGCUGAGCCUGACCGAACCGGAUCUGAACGUGGCCUCGGCCAGCGUGGACCGUUUGGAACAGGGCGAGCUGGAGGCAGAGAAGGACCGCGUGGACCAGAUGAUUGAGGACAUGGAGAAGCGGGUGAACGUGCUUCGGUGGACGGUGGAGGCGCAGGGUCCGCAGUAUGCCGAGCCGGUUGGGACCAGCUCCUCGCUGGCUCUGCUCUCCAUGAUGCAGGCGGAACCAGAGCAGCACCGGUGCAAGCGAGGGCAGAUGUUUGUCGCCGCUCUAGUGGCCAGUCUGGCUGCAGUGGCCUUGUUCUGUCUGUCGGUGUAUUGUAUCUAGGGUGAGCACUGUGCCGGCCUCACGCCGCACUUCUACCAGAACCACCUAGGGGGAGCUAUAAGGUAGCCACAGGCUUCCUGUCUGUCCACUUGCUAACUUAUUGUCUCCAUGUCAUGAUCUACUGAAUGUUUUACCAGCUGGGAUUGAACUUUCUAUGAUAACACAAGAGAGGCUCCCUUUACUCAGAUUUCUGCCUCCUUUGAUAAAAUCUAUUUGCGUUUAUUAAUUUGGCCAGCUGUCUUACCCAGCUCUCUGUAGCCAACUUACUCAUGCAGAUUGACGUUACAUAAUGUCAUCUGAGACCAUACUUUUUGGGGUACUCCUACCUCGAUUCCGACUCUUGACGAUUUUGACACUUUGUCGAGGCCUGGGGAACAUGGACUUGCUAAAAAUAAAUCUUUAAUCUGAUUUUUAUAGAACACUUAGCGGCAAUUUUCCCAAAACUUCUGGAACAAAAUGAUCAUGUUACUCUGAGGCUAGACAAAGGCAAGUUGAAGCUCAUUCUUCCCGACAUCAAAUCCAAUGCAUCCUGUGCCAGUCAAGCCUGGAUUUUUUUUAUCGUUGUUUAAAAACAGCACCUAUGCCGAUUGGAUCAGGAGAGCAUGACAAGGAGAGCUACUGGUCAAAAGCUGUUAACAAUACUGCCUUACAAAGGUGAAACACUGCAACUGCGUAUUUCAUCGAAAUUGGGUUACGACCAAAAUUGAGUCUCUUAGGCUCUGUCUUAUCUCGUGAAAAAUAUCUUAGUUCAUCUAUGCUCAGUUUUGAAGAAAACAUCUACCUACCCCCUACACAUAUGGGUCAAAAAACUUUGAAGUCUCUUUUCUUAGUCUCAGUGUCAGGUAUUUACUGUGUCGGCAGAAUACAUCACCAGUCUGUAGCCAGUUCCUUGAUCCAUUUAACAGUUUAAUAGUUAGAUUAAAAA